AAUAUCUGAAGUUACGCGGGUUUUUCUUUUAUGGACGGAGUAAAUUUCAUUUGGAUUGAAUAUUGGAUUUCCGUAGCAUGACCCUUUCAGAUCAUUCUCUCUCUCUGCUGUGGGCAACUAUCAAUUUUUAUCCCAAUCAACAGAUAUCCUUCAAAUGCCAACAUUGGUCUUUCAGUGAAGGUUUUAGUACUGUAUAUGACCUUGCAACAUUGUCCAGUUGUCACAUAUUGUAUGCAUGUUAUAUUGAAAUUAAUCAGUCAAAAACUGUUGUAUCAAUGUGUAUAACUUCUGAACUGAGUUCUAAAAAGCUGGCAGAAAAUUUCAGUCUGUUACAGGAAUGUGGGUAUCACCAGCUGCUUAGCAGAUGAUGGUUCGUCGUGGGAUAAUAGCAUGGCUGUCUCGAAUAGUAGCUAUACUUGUGUUCCUCUGCUGUGCAGCAUCUGUGUUCUACAUGUUGACCUGCACUCCAGGAGGUAACCAUCAGCUAUCUGCAUUCCUCGGAGUUAACAGCCCAACAGGAAAAGAGGAAUAUCGGGCAAUCCUACAAAAAGGAGAAGAAUAUUAUUGGGACCAUAUCAAUAGCCUGAAAAGACAAAUUGCUGAACUGAAAGAUAAGCUUCAGGAAAGGAGUAAACCACUGAAGAACAUGCAAGGUCAAGAUACUGACAAGCUGGGGGUUAGACUAGACCUAGGAAACUCUGAGAAGUCCCAGAAAGCCCUAAUGCAGUUCCUCCAUUCCCAGAUUGACAAAGCAGAAAUACAUACUGGCAUCAAGCUACCAACUGAAUAUGCUGCACUGCCCUUUGAGAGCUUCACCCAACAAAAAAUUUAUCAAUUGGAGAUGGGACUUUUACGUCAUCCUGAGGAGAAGCCUGUGCGCAAGGAUAAGAAGGAUGAAUUGGCAGAAGCUAUUGAAUCAGGUCUGGAGAUUUUAAAUAGGCCAAAGAGUAACAGCAGCAUAAAUCAUCGAAUAUACUCCAUCUCUGAUUUCAUAGAAGGCAUUCGCCGGACUGAAAGAGAUAAAGGCACACUAUAUGAGUUGAUAUUCAAAGGAGACAAAGAAUAUGAAUUCAAGCGUAUUGUUCUGUUCAGACCAUUUGGCCCCAUCAUGAAUGUUGCAAAUGAAAACCUCAAUAUGGCCCACACUCUUAUUAAUGUCAUCGUGCCACUGGCAAAAAGGGUCAGCAAGUUUCAGCAAUUUAUGCACAAUUUCAGGGAGGUGGCUAUGCAGCAAGAUGGAAGAAUUCACCUGACUGUAGUGUACUUUGGAACUGAACAAAUGAGCAAAGUCAAAGGAAUCCUAGAAAACAUAUCCAAAUCAGCUAAUUUCAGAAAUUACACAUUUAUUCAGCUGGAUGAAGUGUUCUCCAGGGGGAAAGGUCUGGAUGUGGGUGCAAGAUUUUGGAAAGGAACCAAUGUUGUACUUUUUUUCUGUGAUGUGGAUAUACAUUUCACAAUGGAAUUCCUGAACACAUGUAGAUUAAACACACAACCAGGAAAGAAAGUAUUCUAUCCUGUUCUUUUCAGCCAGUACAAUCCAAGUCUAAUAUAUGGACAUCAUGAUUCCAUUCCACCCUUAAAACAACAGCUGGUAAUAAAAAAAGAGACAGGAUUUUGGAGAGACUUUGGGUUUGGAAUGACUUGUCAAUUUCGUUCUGAUUACAUCAAUAUUGGAGGGUUUGAUCUUGACAUUAAAGGAUGGGGAGGAGAAGAUGUACAACUGUACCGUAAAUAUCUUCACAGCAACCUCAUGGUUAUCAGGACACCAGUCCGGGGACUUUUCCACCUCUGGCAUGAAAAGCAUUGCUUAGAUGAGCUGACACCAGAACAAUACAAGAUGUGCAUCCAGUCUAAAGCUAUGAAUGAAGCUUCUCAUGACCAGCUAGGUCUGCUGGUCUUCCAACGGGAGAUUGAAGCUCAUCGCCGUAAACAAAAAGCAAACAAUAGGAAUAUAUGAAGGCAAAAUGGGUCUUUCACAAAGCAAAAAUAAAACCUAGAUUGUAGUUUAAGAACAGCUUCUAGGGAGUAAGGAAAUUCUUGCACUUAGAUGGGUCUUCAUAAACUUUUAUGUUUGUGAUAACCAGUAUCAUACAAAUAGAUUUCAAAUGAUAGGACAGGUCUUUUUUUGGUUUCUCUUACUUUUGCAUCUCCAGCCGUGUGAGAUCCCAAUCGCCAGAAAAGAUUUGGGAUUGUAUAGAGCAGGGGUGGG